AUGAAGACUUUCUCGCUCUCCAUGGUGCUGUUGGCUGCUGCCAACCUGGCCAAUGCUGCUGUCUCCGUUAGCGACUGCGCACAAAUGUGUGUCAACAACAUGAACAACAAGGCUUCUGAGCUGGGUUGUUCCAGCGGCGAUCUCAGCUGCUUGUGUAACAACGCCGACUACAGCUAUGGUAUCCGGGACUGCACCGCUGAGGCCUGCCCUUCUGACAACGCUGCCGCUGUGCUGGCUGCCGCUCUUGCUUCUUGCCCUAGCUCGACUAGCGGCUCCACCUCCGGCUCGUCUGCCACCGGAACUUCCUCUGGUACCGCUUCUGGUACCGCUUCCGGUACCACCACCGGCGUUGCUGGCGCUUCCACCAAAUCUGCUUCAACCACUAGUGGCAGCGGUACCUCUUCUGGCACGGGCGCGGUCUCUACAACCACUGUGACUACCGGCACCCACUCUGGUACCACCAGCGGUGCUUCUACUACCUCUGCUGGAACUACCAAGACCAAGACUACUAUCACGAGCGCCUUCACCAGCACUACCUUGAGCACGGCUACUCUCAGCAGCACUGGCUCUUCUUCUACCGGCAGCGGAUCCUCCUCUUCCACCGGCAGCUCCAGCAGCGGCUCCUCUGGUAGCUCGUCCACUGGCACUGGUACCGCUCCCGCCAGCUCUUCAACCUCCACUGGUGCUGCCUCCCACCUGAACGUUGCUGGCAGCGGCGCUAUCGGUGCUUUCGGGCUUGCUGCUAUGCUUCUCAUCUAG